CAUAACUAAAGGCCAUUAGGCUAGUAGCACAAUUCACAUUUUCUGUAAUUUCCAGCGUAUUUGUUUCGUCUCUUAACAGGUUAUUUUACAGACUAUACAAAUGGACGGAAGAGGUUGUCGUCUUAGCAGCGGUGGUGGAGGCGACAGCCAACGUAGUGGGAUGAUCAGACUGGAAGACCUGGAAUCUUUUACGGAAGAGGAACUCCCGGCCGGCGAUGGCGUUUUAGAGGAGGAAGCCAUGGAAGAGGAAGAGCAGGAUAGACUACUAAAUUAUUGGCAAGAUAUUGGAAGAGUACAUCAAGUGAGCGUUCCCCAAGACAUGGCGGAACCGAUCCAGCAGUUGACCACUAAUACAGAGAGGGGACAGGACCGUGAGAAUGUCCCCUUCACCCUCAUCACUCGCAAGGAGAAGUGUGGGGGCGUGCUGUACGAGAAACGUCACUACGAGAAGGCCAAAUGGGCGUGUGUCACGGUCCGCCAGGAUACAUACGAGCAGAGCAUCUGCCUUGGGUUCAUGAAACUCAUGAGAUACAUAUGCCAGCAGAACUCCUCAGGACACUACCUGGGGAUGUCCGUUCCCAUAGUAACUGUGGUACGCAUGGACGAGUCUCGCUCUGUCCUCUCCAGGGAUGUGACAGUGGCCUACUACCUGCCAUCGCAACACCAAGCCCAGCCACCCCUACCGCUGGACCCUGACAUCGCCACGCAAGAGUGGCCUGCAGCUAUCGUCCACAGCAGGUCGUUCAGUGGGGUUACCAAUGAGCACUCCAUCGUGAAUGAGCUGAACAUGCUGGCUGAGGUUCUUGGGUUGCCCGAGGCCCGACUGUGCAACCCCUUCAUUGUGGCAGGCUACACCAGCCCUGCCGCAGCCAACCGAAACAACGAAAUCUGGUUCCUGGAGCGCGAGUGAAUUACCCACCCCACCUCCUGGGUAAAAUCCUGCCUCUCCUGCCCCAUCCUGACUGGGACUCGCUGAUUCCACCUCACCCCCUCCUUCAAAUGGUUCAUGUAUAUGGGAGAUGGGAGAGGAAAAGGGAGAUACUGUGGCUUUUACUUUUUUAACUGGUCUACUGUGACUCUUAGUUUUCCUUUAAUUACUGUUAUUGUUUUAGUUUUUAUUCUUGGCCUGUACUACACAAGGCUAUGUUGAGGAACGUUCACUGCAACCAAUACCACUUUAGAGUGCAACACUUAUGCCUGUUGUAAUAUUUCAUCUAUGUGUAAUUAAUUAGCCUUAAUUUAACUUGGAAAAUCUAAUUGAGAGUAAAACCUCUUUGGUAAGUGAGACACGAUCACAUACAUUAGAGAUGCUUAAUCCUGUUCCUGGAGAUCUACCGUCCUGUAGGUCUUCACUCCAACCCGAGC